AAUUUUCCACGCCACCCGCUAAUUGGGAUUAGCAUUUCUCACCUCGUCUGAAUCACCACUUUCAAUGAGAAUAAAAUCUCACUGACCUGACUGGGGAUUUUGCGCCGACGCUGCGACUGAAACGGCGUCGUUAGGGGACCAAAACGCUGCCGUUUCGGCUUCGCUGGACGGUGGAGCCGCGCCCGUGCUCACUCUUCUUCACUGUCCAUUCACCAUGUGUCUAUGAAGUUCGGUUUGCCGGGAGCCUAAAGCGGGAGAGGGAGAGAGAGAGAGAGAGAGAGAGAGAGCUCCGCGAAGUCAGAGAUUGCCGGGGAUACUACACCGGCGAAGGGAGUUGUAGUCGGAGGGGAGGCGGAGGUGGCUCGGUGGUGUGACGUCAUACUAAGAGCCGGCGAUGUGGACCUCCGGUGCGGCUCGGCCGCCUUCAUUCAACGGGACUGCUUCUCCUCUGCCGGGAAACGGCACCAAUACGCCGCCGCCGGCUGCCCCUUCUUCAGUGACGAACGACACGAUUUCGCCGUCGGGGCCCGAGCUGGACCCGUUUCCGGCGCCGAACGGCAUCCCUAGGCUUGCACAAAUUGCGUUCGUUUUGGCAAUUCUGAUUGCAGUAAUUUUUAUGCUGCUUGGCACGAUCAUUUACAUCCUAAUGCGCCGUAGACGCAGGAGACAGGAUUUUUACUAUGGAGAAUCUCCACCAGAUUCUAAAGCAGGGAGUGACUAUGGAGAACCUCCACCAGAGCCUAAAGAAGGGAGUUACUAUGGAGAACCUCCACCAGAGCCUAAAGCAGAGAAUGACUAUGGAAGACCGCCACCAGGGCCUAAACGUGAUCCUUUUGCCGAUCAACCUCAGCGUUGGCAGCAGAAUGCUCCCACACCAACUGACAGUGAAGUCAUUUUGCUGCCAAGGCCGAGCACUCCGCCACAGAUUGCACUGAAAGACAAGCUGCCACCAGCGUUCGUUCCCACUCCCCACGCACACUCUUCGACGAGUAGCAGCUUUUGCUCUGAGAAGCCACUGCGUCCGGCACCCUCAGGCAUUGCCUUGAGUUUCUCUAAGAUUGCCUUUACGUAUGAAGAACUAGCAAUAGCCACAAAUGGUUUCUCCAAUGCCAAUCUCCUCGGUCAAGGUGGCUUUGGCUAUGUUCAUAAAGGAAUCUUUGCAGGUGGGAAAGAGGUAGCGGUCAAGCAGUUGAAAGCUGGAAGCGGACAGGGGGAGCGAGAAUUUCAAGCAGAGGUUGAGAUUAUUAGCCGUGUUCAUCACAGACACCUUGUGUCGUUGGUCGGGUAUUGCAUUUCUGGGACUCAGAGAUUGCUCGUCUAUGAGUUUGUUCCAAAUAGCACCUUGGAGUUCCAUUUGCACGGAAAAGGGAAUCCGCUCAUGGACUGGACAACAAGGAUGAAAAUUGCUCUAGGAUCUGCAAAGGGACUUGCCUAUUUGCAUGAGGACUGUCAGCCAAGGAUCAUCCACCGUGAUAUUAAGGCAGCUAAUAUUCUUCUCGAUUACAAUUUUGAGGCGAAGGUUGCAGAUUUUGGACUCGCAAAGUUUUCUUUGGAUACUGAGACUCAUGUCUCUACCCGAGUGAUGGGAACUUUUGGUUACUUGGCCCCAGAGUAUGCUUCAAGUGGGAAGCUUACUGAUAGGUCAGAUGUCUUCUCCUUUGGGGUUGUGCUUCUGGAGUUGAUCACUGGGCAUCGGCCAAUCGAUAAAGCUCAAUACUUCAUUGAAGACAGCAUUGUUGACUGGGCAAGGCCUCUGCUAAUGCAAGCUUUUGAAGACGGGAACUUCGAUGCCAUCGUGGAUCCUAGAUUGCAGAAGGAUUACAACUCCAGUGAGAUGGCUCGAAUGGUUGCUUGUGCGGCUGUCUGUAUCCGUCAUUCAGCGCGGCGCCGGCCACGCAUGAGCCAGGUAGUCCGAGCUUUGGAAGGGAACAUAUCGCUAGAUUCUCUAAACGAGGGGAUCAGACCUGGGCAUAGCACAGUGUACAGUUCCUAUGGAAGCUCAGACUAUGACUCGGGCCAUUACAACGACCUGAAGAAAUUCAGGAAGAUGGCAUUAGAAAGCCUGGAUCAUGACCCCAGUGAGGCCAGUGGACCUAUCAGCGAGUUCGGCGCGCACCCAUCUAGCGCGAGCAGUGGAGAUCAGCAAAUGUCACAAGGGGUGGAAGUGGGAAUGAAGAAGCAAGUCUGAUACAUUGGUGAAAUUGCUGCUCUUUCGCAGAUAGAGCUCUUCAUUUUUUGAUGAUUCUUUAAUUAUCUACAUUGCUUUAGAAAACAACUGCAUGCAUACCACGCCACCCACCCCGUGCGUAUCUGCAUCAUAAGGAGAUAGGAGCUGACCAUUUUUUAGGUAUAAGAUGUACAGAAUAUGUCAGCUUGAAUCAAUCUUCAUCUAAUUUUUGGGUGCUUGUUUUAGAUAUUUUGCCUAAAGGUUUUUUACAUUAUUGAGGGAUACUGAUUGAAAUGGAAUUGUUGGAACCA